AAUACAUCGCAAUCUAUAACGCGGUAUCAGUGACGAGAAGCAAACAAAAGGUAUUUGGGAGGGGAAGAGGAGGGGGCCGGUGGGAGGUUGCUGCGCGUGAAGAGACGAGCGAGGAGCGGCUGGACGUCGUGCGCGCGCACUCCACCCUCGCAGCGCGUGCAGAGGAGCGGCGCUCCCGCGACCACCGGAGACGGAGAGGAGGAAGGACAUCGUCAGGCUGAGCUCAGCGCGAGCGCGGACACGGGCCGAGGAAGGGCACGCGGACACAGCGGCUCGAGGGCUCCUUCAACACUGUAUCAACAGACAGUGAACACAAAGCGAGCGGGCAGCGCGCAGGACACCGGCACAGACAGACAGACUGAGGACGGAGGGCUGCAAUGGAGAAGUCCGAGGCGCUGUCACAGCAGGAGAGACUCCAGGCUAUAGCGGAGAAGAGGAAGAGACAGACGGAGAUCGAAAACAAAAAGAGGCAGCUGGAGGAUGACCGUCGACAGCUUCAGCACCUGAAGUCGAAGGCUCUGAGGGAGCGAUGGCUGCUGGAUGGAGCACCCUCUGCUGGCUUGGAGGAGGAUGAAGCAAAGAAACAGCUUCAGGAGGAUGAGGCCAAGACCAAGGGGCUGGAGGAGACGAUCCUUAGACUGGAGAUGGAACUGGAGGAGCUGGAAAGAGGCGUGUCAGCGACCUCCACCAAAGAGAACUUGUCAGAUGCUGCCAAGGAGGAGAAUGCCAAAACAGGAGACAAUAAAGCUCCUGCGGGUUCUGUCAAAGAGGUCAAAAUUCACACCAGUCCUCGUCUGGACAUGUCUGGAAGUUCCUCAGAUAUGAUCAAAGCAGCCAUGUACUCGGUAGAGAUCACCGUUGAAAAGGACAGGCUCACAGGCGAGACUAAAGUGUUGUCCACCAGCACACUGCUGCCCAGAGACCUUACUCACCAGGGCGUCAAGGUGUAUGAGGAUGACCAGAAAGUGGUGCAUGAGGUACGUGGCGGUUCUGUGGAGAACGGGGUCCACCUUCUCAGUUCCUCGGAAGUGGAUGAGCUCAUCCACAAAGCUGACGAGGCCUCCAUGGGCGAGGGAGGGGGCACCCCCAAAGUGGGAGCGGGAAACCCGGCAGAUGCCACACAGACCCCGAAGAAGGAGAUCACGGGCAUUGAAGCCAAGGCAGGUGAUGCGCACCCUGAGGCCGGAUUGGGAGAGGCAAGUGUGGAGCACCCUGUCACCAUGGUGUUCAUGGGCUACCAGAGCGUGGAGGACGAGACAGAAACCAAGAAGGUUCUGGGCCUUGAGGGCACUGUGAAGGCUGAGCUGGUGGUCAUUGAGGACGGUGAGAACAAAGGGCCUGUCGAAGGGGCCAAGGAAGACCAGGCUCCUCCAAAUGGCAGCGCAGCUGAGCCUGUCAAGGCCCAGGAGGGUACAGGAGGGAAGGGGGAGUCUGAGGCUGGUGCAGCAGAGCUCAACACCAAGGAGAAACAGCCCUGCAAAUGCUGCUCCAUCAUGUGAGCCUGUUCAGGUCGUCUUGGGGACAUGACUUUUCCAAAACAUAAACUGUCAUCCACAACAAAAACAUGUUCUGUAUUUUAGAACAAAUGUCGUUCCCCUGUUAGAUUUUUUUUUCCCUUCUUUUAGAGCUUAAUUUACCUUUUCCAGUUAAUUUGCAUCUAGAGACUAUCAUUGUCACAGAACAGAAGCAGUCAGAGGAGCUUAGUGCCUCUGUAUUCACACUCACUUUUGGAAGCUGGGAGCAGGAACUUGUUCCUUUAACAACCCAGUGCUUAAGUUAUUCAGCAUUGUCCGAUAAUUU